AUGUCUCAGUUCUUCAUCCAGAACAAGAAUGUCGGCAACCAAGCCGAGUCCGAGGAUUGGAGAAUCCGCGGCUAUAACCCUCUGACUCCCCCCGAUCUGCUCCAGCACGAGAUCCCCCAGACCGCCGAGUCCAAGAAGACAGUGCUCGAGGGCCGCAACGAGACCGUCGCCGUCGUCAAUGGCACCGACGAGAAGCAGCGCCUGCUCGUCGUCAUCGGACCCUGCUCCAUCCACGACCCUGAGGCCGCCCUCGCCUACUGCGACCUCCUCCUCAAGGAGAAGGAGAAGCACAAGGAUGAGCUCCUCAUCGUGAUGCGAUCCUACCUCGAGAAGCCCCGCACCACCGUUGGCUGGAAGGGUCUGAUCAACGACCCCGACAUUGACGGCAGCUUCAAGAUCAACAAGGGCCUGCGAGUCUCGCGACAGCUCUUUGUCGACCUCACCUCCAAGGGCAUGCCCAUUGCCAGCGAGAUGCUGGAUACUAUCUCUCCUCAGUUCCUUGCCGAUCUGCUGUCAGUCGGCGCCAUUGGCGCCCGUACCACUGAGAGCCAGCUUCACCGUGAGCUUGCCAGUGGUCUCAGUUUCCCCGUCGGCUUCAAGAACGGCACUGAUGGCUCGUUGAAUGUGGCCAUUGAUGCCAUUGGCGCCGCCGAGCACCCCCAUCACUUCCUUUCCGUCACCAAGCCCGGUGUCGUCGCCAUUGUCGGCACUGAGGGCAACCACGACUGCUUCGUUAUCCUCCGAGGUGGUUCCAAGGGCACAAACUACGACGCCGAGAGCAUCGCUGCUGCCAAGGAGGCCCUGGCCAAGAAGGGUGUGCGACAGCGACUUAUGGUCGACUGCAGCCACGGCAACUCUCUCAAGAACCACAAGAACCAGCCCAAGGUGGCCGCCGAUAUCGCCAGCCAGAUCUCCAAGGGUGAGGACGCCAUCAUGGGUGUCAUGAUUGAGAGCAACGUCAACGAGGGCAACCAAAAAGUUCCUGCCGAGGGCAAGUCUGGUCUCAAGUACGGCGUGAGCAUCACGGAUGCCUGCAUCAACUGGGAGGACACGGUCACAACGCUAGAGACUCUGGCACAGGCUGUCAAGGACCGCCGCAAGCUCGCCGGCGUCAACGGCGCCUAA